AUGGAUGUUAAUAGGUUCUUAGCAUUACCAUUUUCAGUUCGAAAGCUCAUAUAUAGUUGCCUAGACUAUAAAUUUUUUAAUAUUGAUUUACCUAGAACAGAUGCUUUAAAGGAAGAAAAUCUCGACUUAAAUGUAAAACAUAACCAAAAGAGACAGAAAACAUACAGGGCAGAACUAUAUAGACUAUUCGCAGAUUAUUUGCAUGUAUUUGAACAUACUCCAAAUCUUAUUGACACUUGGAUAAAUUAUUCACCAUGGCUAAAAUAUGAUGCCAUCAUUUUGGAUUGCUUAAGACUUAACUACUCAUAUGAUUCUGAAAUUAUAGGACAACUUGAUUGUAUUAUUCUAGAGAAUAAAGGAAAAAUCGGCUAUUUUGAUAAAACAGGAAUGCUACAAGUAUGGUAUGGGCUGGGAGAAUAUCGUAAGUUGAUAGUAUCGAAUAGUAUUGGAAAUAGAAAAGAUAUUAUGUUGGGCGAUAUAAAUGAUUUUAAUGUUAGGCUUAACAUGGAACUUUUCGAAAUGUCAACGAUGAAAAAAUUAUUAGAAUAUCUACAUCGUAGGAAUAAAUUAAAUAUUAUCAGUGAGCUCAAAUUUUAUGAUCCAGAUAUCGACGAAUGUUCAAAUGAGACUAAGCAUGAGGAUACAAGAGUGAACAAGCAAAAAAUCCUAGAAAAUUUUCAUAAAAAAAAGCUUCGUGAUUCUUUUUACGACAUUUCUGAUACAAAUAUUGAACUAGUGGGUGAAUAUCUGAAUAGAAUGUUAAGACUGACAAAUAUCAACAUUCAAGGUGAGAAGUAUGUUGAAAUUCUAGCUAAUGGAGAUGGCAAAAUCAACCCUAUUAAUCACACCAUUAGAAAUAGAGUGAAUACUCUAAUAAUUGAGAAAAUAGAAAAAUUAUCAUACUAUACGAAGAGCUCGUACGAACAUUGGAGAUCUUUAAAAUCUCUAUACUUACAUAAUAUUCGAUAUUUAGAUCUAAAUGAAUUAACUGUCCCAAAAACCUGUGAAUUACUAAACAUCAGAAACAUUGAGAAUAUGACCUGGUGGAAUUUAGGGCUAGACAUCUCUACCUUGACAUCGGCCAUGUGGAACAUUAAAUGCUGUACGAACUUCAACCCUAUCAGAAUAAAAAACGAAUGUAAAACUUGUGGUCACAUGAAAUUUAAUAUACUUUUCUUCAGACAGAAUGAAGAAAAAAAUACAUCCAAAGAGGCCCUACAACUGAAAAAUAUUCGAAAGAAAUGUAAAAAUCAAAUACAUGAAAAAAUACGAUCAAUUCGAAUCAUAGAAUUGGUAAAUGUCAGGGCAUUCAGAAAAAAAUUACCAUGUAUAGUUGUGCCAAAAAAUAUGCUACUCCAAAAUAGGCUUAAGUUUUCCAAUAUACCAAAAGAUAUUGAGGUUUACACAAUCUAA